AUGCUCGGCUUUAAGCACGUCCUGACCGGCACGGCGGUUCUCGCUACGCUGAGUAGAGCGCUGCCAGCCGAUCAUGUGCAGGCGAACUCCGAUACAUAUGAGUACAUUGUGAUCGGGUCUGGCCCAGGAGGCGGCCCCUUGGCGGCGAACCUGGCCGAAGCUGGACAUUCGGUACUGGUGCUUGAGGCUGGUGUCAACAAGACAGACACUAUAAAUCAAACCAUUCCGGCAUUUUUCGGACUCAACCAAAUCGAUCCGGAGCAGGGCUGGUUCUUCUACGUCCACAACUUUGAGGACGAAGAGGAUGCUGCCUUGGAUGAGAAGCUGGUAUGGGAGACCUCGGAGGGUGACAAGUAUGUCGGUGCUGAUCCCCCUGAGGGAUCCCGCCGCCUUGGUGUAUUCUACCCGCGAGCCGGGACCUUGGGAGGUUGCGACACUCACAACGGUGGCAUUGUCGUCGUUCCUCCAGACAGGGACUGGGACCAAAUUGCCAACAUCACAGGAGACGAUAGUUGGUCUGCUUCUCACAUGAGGUCAUACUACGAGGCAAUCGAGGACAACUUGCAUGUUCAAGAAGGAGUGCCAGGUCACGGCUUUGGAGGCUAUCUCGGGGUUGAUGUCACCCAUGCGGAUGUCAUUGCGAAGGACCCACAGAGAAUAGCCAACGCACGGGGAACUGCUGCUGGGUUCGGCAAAGAUGAAAGGAGCGUCUCGACCGACUGGGAUACGGUUGUCCUCAACGAUAUCAACGCCCUGGCGCCAUCGCGUGACACAGAUGAGGACCUGUACCAAAUGCCCUUCAAAGUCGACAAGGCUGGCCGAAGAAGCAGUGCUGCAACGAGGUUGAACGAGGCGUUCAACGGUGGCCACCCCGUGACUGUCAAGUUCAACAGCCUAGCAUCAAGAAUCUUGCUCGACAACGACUUGCGUGCAACUGGCGUCGAGUAUUUGGAAGGUGAACAGCUCUAUAGAGCCGACCCACGCGUCAACGUGAGUGCUCAGGGUGAACCGGGGGCUGUCCGACAAGCAUUUGCGACUCGCGAAGUCAUCGUUGCAGGCGGCGCAUUCAACAGCCCCCAAAUGCUCUUAUUGAGCGGCAUUGGACCUGCUGAUGAGCUUAAAGAGCUCGAUAUCCCCGUCAAAGUUGACCUGCCUGGAGUUGGGAGAAAUCUUCAGGAUCACUACGAGAUAGCUGUGAUCUUUCGCUUCGAGGAAGAAUUUUCAAUGUUUAGCGAGUGUCGUGCUGGGGAAGACGACGACCCUUGUAUGGCUCAGUGGGACGCAAACGGCACCGGACCAUAUCGCUCCCUUGGCUUCGACCAGCUCGCCAAAAUGACAUCCAGCACUGCAGACUCCGAAACAUCGGAUCUUGUCAUGUAUGGCGGUCCAGGGAACAUAAUCGGUUUUCUUCCUCCGGAACUUCCCGCUGAAGACAUUGUUGGCGCAUAUACACACACCGUCGUGAAGUCAAAUCCCCGCAAUCGAGCGGGAUCUGUUACUCUAUUGACAUCAGACCCAAGAGAUGUGCCAGACAUUCAGUUCAGAUUCUUCACUGACGGUGCAGACGAAGACCUGCAGGCGCUGGCUGAAGGUGUGGAGAGGAUGCGAGAAAGUUUCAAAGCUGUUCCGACCCCAUAUACCCCCAUCGAGGAGGUUUACCCCGGCGAAAAUCUGACAGGCGAUGCACUCAAGGACUACAUCAAGUCACAAGCAUUUGCGCACCACCCAGCGAGCACUUGCGCCAUUGGGCCGGAUGAUGACCCCAAUGCUGUGCUCGACGCAGAUUUCCGGGUCAGAGGGACCGAAGGCUUACGCGUGGUCGAUGCAUCUGCGUUUCCGAAUGUGCCAGGCUCAUUCCCAGUCAUCGCCAUCUUCAUGCUCAGCGAGAAGGCUAGUGAGGUCAUCUUGCGUGAUGCAUUAUGA